AUGCAUCUACCGGCCGUGCUCCUGGCGAGCACUCUGUUUUCCAGCUCCGUAGUCCACGGGCUCUUUACACGUUCAGCUGGAACAGUCGCUUGUGCCAACCUCACAUCGUCGCUGGGAGUAGCCAAGGUUGUCUCGACGCCGCUGAACCCUGAGUAUAUCGCCACGACGCAGGACUAUUGGAACGCUCGACAGAGUGUAUACACGCCAGCUUGCAUCGUCUACGCCCAGUCCGCACAGGAUGUCUCGGUUUCCCUGAAGGCCAUACGAGCGGCUGGCUCUCGGUUUGCCAUCAAGUCUGGCGGCCACAAUCCAAACAACUUCUUUUCCUCGGUUGACGGGGGUGUCCUAGUCAGUCUAGAACAGAUGACGGGCAUGUCCUACGAUGCAAGCAGCACUCUAGCAUCGUAUGAGCCUGGCAGCAACUGGGGCGAGCUCUACGAGUACUAUCAGCAGUUUGACGUGACUGUUAUGGGCGGCCGGCUUGCUGGCGUUGGAAGCGGACUGGCCUUGGGUGGCGGUCUGAGCUACCUCUCACCACAGUACGGCGUCGCAUGUGACUCGUUCCGUGAGCUCGAGGUCGUCCUCCCGAGCGGUGAGAUUGUGACCGCGUCCGAGAGCACAAACGCGGAUCUAUUUCUGGGCCUACGGGGCGGAGGUGGAAAUGCCUAUGGCGUGGUCACAAAGUACACUGUCCAGAGUCGCCCCAUUGGCAACUUCUACGCCGGAAACCUCGUGUACCUGUUUGAGCAAUGUGACGCCGUUCUGGAGGCGAUUCACGACUUUAUUGCGUACAACAAUGACUCAAAGGCAUCGAUCCUGCCCACUUACGAAAAGCUUCCGACGCCAGACGUCAAUCUGAACCUGGACGAGGCCAUUAUCCUGUUUGUGGUCUACGAUGGCGAGGAUCCCGGAACAGCAUUUGACAACUUUACCAGUAUUCCUCACAUCAUAGACACACGCUCGGUCAAGACGUACACGGAGGUGGUCAAUAUGCCCGUGCCGUUUGUGGCAGAGUUGACCAGGGCCGACAAUGUGUUCCGUUCUGGUGUCCACCAUAUCGAGGACGAGAGCUACAAGACGGCUCUUGACACGUGGAGGACCUGGGCCGAAGACAACAAGGGGAGCUACAUCCACACUGGUCUCUACCUAUACCCGGUCUCGCGUAGUCUGACCGACGCCAGCAAGGCACAGGGCGGCGACGCCAUGCAGCUGCCAGACGGGCCGUGGUUCUGGACAGCCUACGACCUCGCCACUCCGCCGGGACUCAUCGACUCUGUCUAUGAUGCCAUCCAGGACAGCUUCCGGGACAUGGUUGCGGCCACGCCCGACGCGGAUGAUCUGCCACUGUUCCUUAACGAGGCGGCUUGGGAUCAGAACCCAUUGUCUACCUUUUCCACUUACAGCGAAUUGCAGCAGACUAAGCAAAAGUAUGACCCUGAUGGCUUCUUCGCCAACAAGACCGGAGGUUGGUCAUUUGCUUGA